UCAAAGCCCGGUGGAGGCGGAAGCGGCGGUUGGUGCCGGGAUGAUGCCCCCCUCGAAGGAGCGGCCCCAGGGGAGACCCCCGGCGAGACCCCCGCGGCGGAGCGGGCCGGUGCUGGGCGAGAGGAACCAGAGCGUGGCCCCCGUGGGCGUGUGGGUGGAGAGUGCCCCGGGGCAGCCCGAGCCGAGCCCGGCCUUCGCCUCAGUAUUCCAGGUGGAGGAGGAGCUGAAGGAGCAGCAGCGGCAGAAGGCAGCCAACCUGAGGAGAUUCCAGGGCGAGGUGAGGCAGCGGGUGAACCGGCAGGUCAGGAUGCGCCGGUGGCAGGAGCUGCAGAAGUCCCACGAAGCGGCGGAGCGGGAGAGCUGCUUUGCCGUGCAGUACUGGACCUCCUGGAGGAAGGCGUGUCCGUUCCGGAGCCACCGCCCUCCCAUCAUCUGUGGUCCCGGGGCUGGCUCCAGCCCGGCCCGGUGGGAGGGGACACACGGCGAGCCAUUCCAGCAGCAAGCUGCCGAGCUCAGCAGGGCCGUGAGGCAGGUGCGGCACAGGCUGGCGUCCUGCAGGACCAUGGGCCCUGGUGCAGAGUCCCCCGAGCCCCCCGUGCUCCCCGGCGGCUGGAGGCAGGAGAAACCAGAGCCUUGCCCGGCAGCCACAGUGCCCACGGAGGGCGAGGGUGAGGAGCUGCUGCUGGAGGGACACCACGACCUGCCCGCUGAGCUGCAGGAGCGAGGCACGGCCCCGCGUCACACCGGGCAGGACGAUGACGACUUCUACAUCAGAAUUGAAUUCGGAAAAGUCUGUGAUGGGUUGGUGAAGGACUCAAGCCUGCCAGAGCCUCCCUGGAGGCCACCAGCUGAUUACCACUCUUCCCUCCUGCGCUGGGCUGGUGUUGAUGAGGAGGAAACCAGGAAGCAGCGGCAGAGCGAGUUCCUGCGGUGCCGCCGCCUCUUCAUGGCCAUCGAGCGGGAGCGAGUGAAGGACCAGCAGCGGCAGCGAGAGAGGCAGCAGAGAGUUGCCCAGAUUAAGAGGCAGAAGGAGAAUCAGCGCCGGGUGGAGGAGCAGAGGAUGCGGGACUUGGCUGAGCAGCGAAAACCCUCCCUGGGAGAGGGAGCCUGGGAAGCCCUGGCCCAGCUUCAGCUGGAGGAGAGGAGAGUGAAGGACAGACAGCAGCGGGAUAAGGAGCACGCCAGGUAUGUGGAAGCUCUGAGAGCCCAAAUGAGGGAGAAGAUCAAAGCCUGUAACAUCGACUUGCCCCCGCUGUGUUCCUGUGGGUCUGAGUUCUGGGAUUCCCACCCGGAUACCUGCGCCAACAACUGCGUCUUCUACAAAAACCACAAAGCCUACAGCCAGGCACUGCACUCGGUGAUCUCCUCCUGUGCCCACACGGCCACGCAGCCGCUCCAAGAACUGGCCGCUCUCUGCGCUCGCUCGGGGAAGCGUCUGUGACUGGGGCAGCCCCGUGUCCCCCCACCCAUAUCCCCGUGACUGGUGUGAGCAGGGAGCAGGGCUGGGCCCUGUCCUGCCUGUCCCUUGUGCCAGCUGCCAGGAUGGUGUCACCUUUGCUCUCCUGCUUUGUGUGCCCAGUUUGGGCUGUGCCUCUCCCGGUCUGAACCGGGGAUCACUCUGUGGCAGGUUUAUGAGCAGGCACUUGAAUUCAGGCAUUCAGCUAUGGAAUAAACUAUUUUCAAGGA